AAWACGAUAACAAAGAUGGCGCCGAUGUUUGGAUUAUGGAAUCUGUGCUGAAUUCAAUGAAAGAUGGAAAAUAGAAAAGCAACAUUCAAGCCAGGAACAAUUCACAAACUUUUACAGCAAUCUUUCAAGGACCAGCAGAAAACCAAAGUAAAUAAUGAUGGUAUAACAGUAAUGGUUGAAAUGUUAAGAACAUUUGUAGCAGAGGCUGCAGCCAGGGCUCUGAAGAAGCAGCUACUGUACAAACUGAGCAUUUAGAGAAAAUACUUCCUCAGCUGCUCUUGGACUUUUAAAAUUAAAUUGAUAUUGAAGAGUUAUAGUGAUCAGAACAGUGUGCAGCACUAUCAAUUUCUGCUAUGUAAAUUACAGUAAAUAUUAUUUGGGAUC